UGGAUAAAACCAGUGACGAUAAACUAAAACAAUAUCUAAUUGUUGAUAUGAAUGGUGAAAAAAAUGGGGAACAGGGGGCAGUCAGACAGCUCACACCUACCAGUCGACAGUCGCUUCAAAUUGAAAGGAUGCGAAUGAAGAGUCGGGGAAAUCACUUUUUUUCGGACGGAAAACGACGGGUCGACUAUGUAUUGGUUUAUAUGAAGUCAACCAAUCAGAUGAAGACCGCCGACGAGUCCAAUGCGGCCAAAGCGCGCAAUGUGUUUGAGUCAAACCUGCGAGAGGAGGGCCUGGAACUGGAGUACGCCGACGAUGUGGCCGGUUAUGGCUAUAUAUUUGUCAAAAUCUAUACGCCAUGGAUAGUGAUGACCCGUUACGCUGAGAUAAUGAAACUAAAGAUGCCAAUGAAAACCAUACAAACCUCUUGGAAGAUGCUAUUUGAUGAGGACGAGGAUCAUGCCAUGCGUUUUACAGCCGCCUAUAGCCGUGACAAGGAAUACCUGUUUGAUAUACCGCCACAAAAGGAACAAUUUUUUUCGACCGCACAACGAGCACAGGUAGUCGAGUUUGUAUUGAAACGUAAAAGUUUUAGUCCCAAUUUGAACGACGCCAACGAAUUUGGUAUUAGCAAACUGCUCAACGAUAAUAUCUAUAUAGCUGCUUAUCCAUUACAUGAAGGGAAAGUCAACUCGGAUAUGCGUUCCCCGCGCCGUCACCUGAUGGACACCUGGGCAUCGAUAUCGCAGGCAUUCAAGAAGCAACCGUUGGACGAAAUUAGGCGCUACUUUGGCGUCAAAAUUGCCCUCUACUUUGCCUGGCUGGGCUUCUACACAUCAAUGUUGAUACCAGCCUCCAUAGUAGGCCUGUUAUGUUUUCUGUACGGUUCGGCCACUCUGGACGGCGAUACCCCGUCGCUGGAAGUGUGCAACACUACCUACGACCGGGUGCCGCUGUGUCCGCAGUGCGCCCACGACUGUAAUUUCACGAAAAUAUCCCAGCAGUGCACCUAUACCCGUACGACCUACCUGUUCGACAAUCCGGCUACCGUUUUCUUUGCCAUAUUUAUGUCACUGUGGGCUACCGUCUAUCUGGAAAUGUGGAAACGGUAUUGCGCUCGGAUUACCUACCGGUGGGAUCUAUCAAACUUUGAUGCCGUCGAGGAGUAUCCACGUCCCGAAUAUCUGGCCCGACUGUCCAAUGUGAAUACACGCAAACUAAAUGUGAUAACACGUAUGUACGAACCGUACAUACCGUUCUGGCGCAAACAGCUUCCCUAUACAAUACUAUCGGUAUCGGUAGUAUUGUUUUUGAUUGUCAUAGCACUCGGUGCCGUCAUGUCGGUAAUCGUCUAUCGGGGUUCAAUCAGGGGUGCCCUAAGUAUCAAACGUAGCGGUUCGCUGGGGUUUAUCCAACGUAACUCAUCCAUCAUAACCGCCCUAACGGCAGCCAUGUUGAAUUUGGCCUUAAUUUUGGUACUAAAUCAAAUCUAUUCCCGAAUAGCCUACUAUCUAACUGAGCUGGAAAUGCCGCGAACCCAAACCGAAUUCGACAACUCCCUGACCCUCAAGAUGUUUGUCCUGCAGUUUAUCAAUUACUACUCAUCCUUGCUGUACAUUGCCUUCUUUAAGGGCCGAUUUAUCGGACAUCCCGGCGAGUUUGACGAUGAAAAUCUAACCCAAGAGGAAUGCGCUACAGGUGGGUGCCUACUGGAGCUGGCCAUACAGCUGGCCAUCAUAAUGGUUGGCAAACAAACCAUCAAUGCCCUGAUGGAAAUGGGUUCACCAAUUAUGAAACGUUUCUAUAAUAACUGGAAACUCCGCAAAGAGGAUACCAUCGAAACCAUGAACGUACCGCAAUGGGAGGAUGACUACGUACUGGCCAACUGGGGACCGACAUCCCUGUUCUACGAGUACCUGGAAAUGGUCAUCCAAUUUGGUUUUGUUACGAUAUUUGUAUCGGCAUUCCCGUUGGCGCCGUUGUUUGCAUUGAUUAACAAUAUUUUCGAGAUCCGAUUGGACGCCCGCAAAAUGAUACUGUCGUUCAAACGGCCAGUUGCACAAAGAGUGAAAAACAUAGGCAUUUGGUAUCGUAUACUCGACUCUAUUGGCAAACUAUCUGUAAUAACCAAUGCAUUGAUAAUCGCAUUUACCACUGAAUUUGUGCCCCGAUUGUACUACUAUUGGGAAAAUGGAUCCCUAACCCAUUAUACCAAUAGCACACUAUCCUAUUUCAAUGCUAAAGUAUUGAACGGUCACCUAAAACUUAAUGCCGAUAAUAGUACAUUAAAUUUAUGUGUUUACGGCGAUUAUCGUGAGCCUCCCAGUGCAACCAUACCCUACCGAUUGACGGCCUACUACUGGCGUCUUCUAGCCGUACGGCUAGCUUUUGUGGUGAUCUUCGAGAAUGUAAUCGCAUCGCUAACAUCGCUGAUGCGUUGGGUAAUACCCGACGUACCCCAACAGUUGCGCCAACAGAUGCGCCAACACGCCUACCUGACCAAUGAACUGAUUAUGCAACAGGAGUACAAACGUGCCAAAGAGCUCCGACAUCAGACACACGACACCACCGAUACCGUUGGUGGUGGCGGUGGUGGUGGUGAAGGAGGUGCUGGUAAUAAUAGUUCAAAUAAUAAUAAUAAUAAUCUUCAAUACCGUUUGCCAUCAGCCGAUCAUAGGCGACUGUCCGAUAUUUGA